CUCUUCAAGACGCAGACCUUGAUUCAAAAUACUUCUGUUUGCUCUCUUCCUUAUUGAGCUUUAAUUUUAUGCGGCUUCCCAAAGUUCUCUCCGAUCUAAUUUGACUUCAAUCUCCCUCUACUCCGCACCUACAGCUGGUCUUGGUAUGCUUCCACAAUGAUGAAGGCAUAUCUUUCUCGGUUCUGGCCUCCAUACUACAUUCUAAUCGUCCUCAUCUCAUUCACCGCUGAGGGAGCUGCAUUAGACUUUUCUGAAACGCGUAACAAUACGGAAUACGUAGGAUGGCACAGCGGGCCCCGUCAGCGGGGAACUAUUCAGCUUCUAUGGAGCUGCCUAGCCACUAUCAUUGCAACCACCUGGACAAUCCUGCAUUUGAAUGUUCCGCAACAGGGUCUUAGUGCUUGGUCACGGGGUAUCCAAAAAUUCAAAUGGAUGAUAAUCACAAUUCUUUUCCCGGAGUUCAUCUUUGCAAAGUCUGUUUGCGAUCUGCAAGUAGCAAUCGAUGACCACUUCGCUCUCAAGCAAUUAUUGGACCAGGAUCAGCUCGAUUAUGAAUUUCCUUGGAUUGUUCAAUUUGGAUGGCUGGAGUCCCUCCUAUAUCGAAUGUUUCACCUAUUUGAUCUGCAAAAGUCUUUGAAAAGGCUCAGAUCACCCAGUCCACCCCCAAGACUGAGAAACCCGACACCUAGAAUCGAAACAUCAUCCUCUGGACCUGCUUCUGUGACCCCUGCAGAUGUCGCGUUCGACUAUGGCUUUCAUACAGACAGAAUCUGGACGUUGAAGCACACUUAUUUUGCGAAUAUGGGAGGCUUACAACGGAAACGAAAAUUCAACGACGAGUUCUAUUCCUCAGAAAAAAAGGAUCAGGGAGUGCCCAUCACGACCGCAGCACUGUUAAAUUGUUGUUAUUUCUCAGACCACAAUCCAAUAGCGAGGCUUAUUCUUACGGAAGAGGAUAUUGACGACAAAUCAAAGGCCGAUCUUUUUGUGAAAGCUAUUGCAAUAUUGCAAAUACUGUGGUUGCUCGUUUCAGUGUUGUAUAGGCUCAUCGUUCGCUUACCCACGACCCAACUGGAAAUCUCCACAGCUGCCUUCUCAGCUCUUGGCGUUGCAACAUGGCUCGCGAACUGGUAUAGACCAAAAGACGUACUUCGUACCACCCCUGUUUAUCCUUGGAAGAUACCAGACAACUAUGGAUGUGACGCUAGAAAGAACAUGGGCGUUCGAUUCACUACACGCAUGACACAAGGCCCAUCUACCGAUGAACGCAUUGAAUCCUGCAUCCGAAAUGAUGCUAUUGGGUCUUCUAAACACGUAAGGACGACGUCUUUGCUUCUAGCUCUUUCAACCACAGCAUUUGGGGGACUGCAUUCUUUGGCAUGGUUGUCCACAUUUCCAACUUCUAUCGAACGAAUUACCUGGAUGGCAGCAACUGGUGUGGCUGCAAUGUGCCCACUCGCUGUACUCAUCGCCAAUUACGCCAUCCUCCAUGUAGCACAAAAGAAGGUACAAAAGACCUUCGCACAACUGAGAAAUAAGUUUCAAUCCAACCCCAGAGAAGCCAGAGAAGCCUCACCCGUUCUUUCAGGCUUGCUUGCCAUUGAUUAUCCUGGAAGCGAAGGUCGGUCUGGGGCGAAAAUCGAAAUCACCGUCGAUAAUCCGGAUUCGCUCGAUAUGAAUAUACAGCUAUUAUGCCUCGAUCUAGCAGACUCUAUGGAACAAAGUGAGUUUUCAAUUUUCAACCACAUUGACGCCUUGCUAGGGGAGAAUAGCAUCAUCUACGAACUUAGGAAGACGCGUCCAAGCCUAGAAUUCAAAUGCCCUCCUGUAGGCGUAAUUGAAAACAUGAAAUCAUGGGCAAAGGGAAUGUUUCUUUAUCGUGCUAAGCGGGCUUUGGAAUCGGACACCCUUGUCAGUUCUGUUCACUUUGCUUUCAAUCUACUCCAGAACUAUUCGAUCAUAGGUGGACAGUUGCAGACAGCCAGACGAAGAGUGGACGGAGCAAGGAAAGCAACUCGGUGGCUUGCCAUUCUUAGUGGUUUACUUUAUUGCCUUGCAAGAAGCAUAUUGAUAGUCUUGACUUUUGCAGCAUUUCGCAAGACGGACGAGAGAGUGUACAUAAAUACUUGGACGAACAACCUUCCAAGCAUAUCGUAGAUGGAAAAAAUCCACGUACUCACUCGAACUGUAUUUAAGAGCAAUGCAUGUACAAACAGUUACAGGCUUAAUG